AUGUAUGGAAGGGCUUCGUCUGGUCUGGAUAGAUUUAAGAAGGCUCAGUCCUUGGAACCGUUCUCUGUAUCUGUCAACUCAUCUUCCAGAAACGGUGCCCAAUCAUCUAGUAAAGUUGUUGGUCAUUCCUCUGCUUGGCGUCCACAGUCUCAUGUUUCUGCUCCCCAAUCCCAGCACCAACAGCAUCCUUCUCAGAAGACUCUAGGGGUGGAGGCAGCCCCGUUGUUGGGGCAGAAUCAGCAGGCAACUCAGGUUGGGGGAGGGCAGUCGACAUGGCAGCCACCAGAUUGGGCGAUUGAGCCACGGCCAGGUGUGUUUUACCUGGAAGUUUUGAAGGAUGGCCAGGUGUUAGACCGGAUUAAUAUGGACAGCCGGAGGAAUAUUUUUGGGAGGCAAAUUCAGACAUGUGACUUUGUGCUCGAUCAUCAGUCUGUCUCUCGCCAACAUGCUGCUGUUAUUCCUCACAAGAAUGGGAGCAUAUAUGUAAUUGAUUUGGGGUCUGCACAUGGUACAUUUGUUGCAAAUGAGAGGUUGACUAAGGAUUCACCAGUUGAGCUUGAAGUGGGACAAUCUUUGCGGUUUGCUGCAUCAACAAGAACGUACAUAUUAAGAAAGAAUGAUGCAGCUCUUUUCCCUCGUCCUCCACCACCAACAGAGAUUAAUUUCCCACCACCACCUGACCCAUCUGAUGAAGAAGCUGUUGUAGCUUAUAAUACACUACUGAAUCGUUAUGGCAUCAACAAGGCUGAUCUAGUGUCCAAGUCUGGUGAGUCUGGUAGUUCAGCAAGUGGCAGAACUAAGGAUUAUCAAUCUGAAAGACCAGCUAAGAGAAGUAAGAAAACAAGAGUUGCCUUCCGGGAUCAAGUUGGGGGAGAGUUAGUUGAGGUAGUUGGAAUUUCCGAUGGCGCAGAUGUAGAAACAGAACCUGGUCCAGUUGGUGUCAAAGAAGGAAGUCUAGUAGGUAAAUAUGAAUCUCUUGUACAGAUAACUGUAAUACCAAAGGGAAAAGAGCAGACCUCUGCUAAGGAGGCAGAUUCAUCCCCAAAAGGUGUGACUGAUAAACUACAAGAAGUCUUAAAAAAGAUCAAAACCCCAGUUAAAACUGGGAUUUAUGAUGACCUUUAUGGAGAAUCGUUAUCUGUGAAAGUUGGAUCUUCCUGGGCAUAUUCACCUGCACUCAGUGCUGGUGAACGAGUUCCAGAUAAGGAGGACGGUGAAGGGAGUGGAAAGUCAGACAGUAAUCCUAACACUGUUGAUGGAGAUGAUGAUGAUGAUGAUGAUUUGUUUGGGUGA